AACCUUAAUUGUGUUUGUGUAUUACCAGAAAGGUGUCCAUUGCCAACAAAUUUCAGACCCAAACUCAUAUUCCAUCUCUGUGAGAGGAAAGCAAAAUGGACCUUGCUCUCAAACUUCCUUGUAUGUGCAUAUAUUCGACUGUGUAUACAAACGCGGAAGUGGAUACAGAUGGAGAAUAGCCGCCUUCCCCCGCCUGAAAUUUCUUUUUGACUGACUAGAAAUAGGAAUAGGAGAAUCAAGAUCCCCAGUGCUAUCUAUCUCUCAAACGCAUCUUUCCCAAAUCGGGGAAAACCCAGAACAAUUGCACCAAGAUUUCAUUUCUUUCCGCAUUGGGUUCGUGGAAAUGGUGGAGGGGAAUGGCGAUUUUGGGUCGUCGAAUUGGUGGGCUAGUUUCCACCGAGAUAUCUUGGCGGGGGCUUUGAUGGGGGGCGUGGUGCACACUAUUGUGGCGCCCAUAGAAAGGGCCAAGCUAUUGUUGCAGACCCAGGAGAGUAACAUAGCAAUCAUGGGUGGACCUCACAGGAAGUUCAAGGGCAUGCUGGAUUGUAUGGUGAGGACCGUUAGGGAAGAAGGGUUUCUUUCAUUGUGGAGAGGAAACGGUAGCAGCGUUAUCAGAUAUUACCCUUCUGUAGCUCUCAAUUUCUCCCUUAAGGACCUCUAUAGGAACAUCUUACAUAGCAACUUUAAGGAAGGCCACUUCUUGGCUGGUCCGUCUGCUAAUUUCAUCGCGGGGGCUGGAGCUGGAUGUACAACAUUGGUAAUCAUCUACCCGCUUGAUAUUGCGCAUACACGGCUUGCUGCGGACCUCGGGAGAACCGAUGCUCGCCAAUUCCGGGGCAUCUGCCAUUUCCUGAGAACUAUCCAUGAGAAAGAAGGAAAUCGGGGGAUAUACCGGGGACUCCCUGCUUCUCUUCAAGGGAUGAUCGUUCACCGAGGCCUCUACUUUGGCGGUUUCGAUACCAUAAAAGACAUGAUGUCCGAGAAAUCUAAACCAGACGUGGCUUUAUGGAAGCGCUGGUUGGUGGCUCAGGGGGUCACGACAUCUGCCGGGCUGCUGUCCUAUCCCCUGGACACAGUUCGGAGGCGGAUGAUGAUGCAGUCUGGAUUAGAAAAGCCGAUGUACAGAAAUACGUUCGAUUGCUGGAAGAAGAUUUACAAGACCGAGGGAGCUGCUUCUUUUUACCGCGGAGCUCUGUCAAAUAUCUUCAGGAGCACCGGGGCUGCCGCCGUCCUAGUUUUGUACGACGAGAUCAAGAAGUUCAUGAAUUGGACCGGGUUGUAGCGGGACAUGUGCCCAACCUCACCAUUUGUUCAUCUAAAAAAAAAAAAGAGGAUUAGAAUAGACUGUGAAGCACUGAUUUUGCAGAAGUUAUUAGGUGACUACACUUUCUGGGACAUGAUACAGUUGAUAGAUAAAACACAAACCACACUGCUCUUUGAGGGAGGUAGAUCAUACCAAAUCUACAGAUUUGUUUUUUCUUUUCUUUUUUAGAUUUCUAAAAACACUUUGCAGUUCCAAUCUGUCUCCAACUCCAUUGAUGUUGUGGAAGGGCCAGAAAAGAUUUGAGAAUAAGGAAUCAUUCAACUUUAUCAUUCCUUACA